GCCACCCGGUUCCCAGCACGCUGGCGGCUCCCCGUGUCCUCUGUGCUCACUCUAACACAGAGGUCCUCUGCCGGAACCAGGUCAUUUUUACCCAGAGCCCUUCAGCCGCAGAAGAAGGCGAGAGCCGACACGCUACAACGCUCGAGGAGGCGUGGCGUUGGGACCGGAAGAAGCUUCUGUUGCCAAGGGAACGCGGAGCGCCUUGGCGUCCGCUCAGCCACUGAUGCUCCGCGGCCGAAGCCGCCGCUUCCCCCAACUUACUGAAGAGGCUGUGCUUGGGACAAGGGAUCCUUCCUACGAGGCCUAGAGAGGGAGGCUGAGGCUCCCGGGGAAGAGCCCACGGAAACGGGUAUACGAGUACGUCCAUUGCUGUCCUUGUCAGCCCCUUGGGCUUCGGAUUGGCCUCAAAGACCAGUUGCUUUGUAAAUAUUUAAGUCACAUUAUGGGAUUGCUGGACAGACUCUCAGGUUUACUUGGCCUGAGGAAGAAGGAGGUUCAUGUUUUGUGCCUCGGGCUAGAUAAUAGUGGGAAAACAACCAUCAUUAACAAACUGAAACCUUCAAAUGCUCAGUCUCAAGAUAUAGUUCCGACCAUAGGAUUCAGCAUAGAGAAAUUCAAAUCAUCCAGUUUGUCUUUUACAGUGUUUGACAUGUCAGGUCAAGGAAGGUACAGGAAUCUCUGGGAACACUAUUAUAAAGAUGGACAAGCCAUUAUUUUUGUCAUUGACAGUAGUGAUAAAUUAAGAAUGGUUGUGGCUAAAGAAGAACUUGAUACCCUUCUAAAUCACCCAGAUAUUAAGCACCGCCGAAUUCCAAUCUUGUUCUUUGCAAACAAAAUGGAUCUUAGAGAUGCAGUGACUUCUGUGAAGGUGUCUCAGUUGCUGUGUUUAGAGAACAUCAAAGAUAAGCCAUGGCAUAUUUGUGCUAGUGAUGCCAUCAAAGGAGAAGGGUUGCAAGAGGGUGUAGACUGGCUUCAAGAUCAGAUCCAAGCUGUGAAGACGUGAAAAGAUAGUCUCCAGAAACCUCCACGAAUUUCAAUUAAAGGAGUCUAUAUAAAGCAUACUGGAUAAUCUUAAUUUUAUUUUAAAAGAUUUAUGCAACCAAGGAUAUUUUGCAAUAUUCUGCUUGCUUUUGUGGACUCUGGAAGAACUUUUUAAGGGCUUGAGACAUUGUUAAUCUGGCCAUUAGCUAUGAAAUCUAAUAUUUCCUCAAAACUCCUUAAUUACCAGCUUCUUGUGAACAUCUACACGCUGUUGUAAUUAGAAUGUGUAAAUACCAGUUAUAAGCCAUCUCAAUAUCUUAUCAUGAUUUAUGAUAUCUUUUAUGUAUUUUUCUUUUUAAUUGUCUUCUGAAAGUUUAUUAUAUGAUUUUGAAGCGUGAAUUGUGUUAGUGAAACAGCUUUAAAGAUUUAUAAGGGAUCACAGAUAAUUAGUAUAUAUGUAAUUUUUUUAGUGUCACUAAUCAAUAAAAAUUGAAAUAUA